AUGGAACCGUGGGCCGAUGGCUCCUACUACCUCAACAUGACGUGGCUCAAGCUCAAGCUCAACCAAAUCACAGCUAUGGUGGCGAAGCAGGUAGAUGACUUUCUCGUGAAGAAUGGAGCGUGUGAAGAGUGCAGGAAGAAUGUCGUUCGGAAGGGACCGAAGGAACUUGCGAGGCUGCUGGUGGACUUGAAGAAGGCGGCAGAGAAGGAGUUGAUGGAGAGGAGGAAAAAAUCAGCGACUAAGGAGGAGGAGGUGGCGGCGGAGCAGAAGGAAUUGCUGGAGAAGCAACUCGCGGAGGGGGAAGUGGAGGAAGAGGAGCUGACAGUGGAGCAGAUGGAAUUGCUGGAUGAGCAACUUGCAGCGGCGGAGAAAGACGUUGAGGCGAACCGGGACAAGAUUCUGGCGGAAUUGAUGGCGGGGAGGGAUGUAACGGAGAUGCCGAUGGAUCAGGCAGAGUUUGAGGUGGAGUUUGACGCGGCGUGGGAGAGGGUGAGGAGAAGAGAGGAGGAACGUGGAGGAGCUGCUCGGAACGAGGUGACUGGGGAGGAAGGCACAGACGGAGGCCGAGACUAG